CACGGUUUUGCUUGCUAGCAACGCAGCGUACGCUUUCGGCGGGCUCUGCUGAAGUAUGGCGUUAGUGCUGGGAGUGUGGGAGCCCCGAAUCAACUAGCCGUAGCGGGAAUAACUGUUAUCUGCCAUUAUAGCUAGUUCCACCGUGUUUUAUAAGGAGACAGCAAGCUAUUAACUAUGGCUGCCCUUGAUCAAAAGUCUCCCAACGUUCUUCUUCAAAGUCUCUGUUGCAGGAUCACUGGGAAGAGCGAAGCUGAGGUAGCCCACCAGUUCCAGUAUGCUGUGAGAGUCGUCGGGAGUAACUAUGCCCCCACCAUUGAGCGAGAUGAGUUCCUGGUGUCGGAGAAGAUCAAAAAAGAAUUGGUGAAACAGAGAAGAGAGGUGGACGCAGCCCUGUUCUCAGAGCUGCACCGAAAGUUGCAGACUCAGGGGGUGCUGAAACACAAGUGGUCCAUCUUAUACCUCCUGCUUAGUCUCUGUGAGGAUCCAAGAAAACCAUCCAGCAGGGUUGGUAGUUAUGGGGCUCUGUUUGCCCAGGCCCUCCCCAGGGACGCCCACUCCACGCCCUUCUACUGUACCCGUCCCCAGAGCUUGGCCCUCAGCUACGGCGAGCGCUCAGGCCCUGGGCCUGCCGCCGGACACAUCUCUGCCAGCAUGGGCACCAGCGGCAUCAGCAGCCUUGGGGUGUACUCCCUCAAUGGGCCCACCCCCACACCCCAGUCCCUACUGGCCGGACAACCUCCCCAGUCCGCAGGGCAGCUGCUGGGUUCUAGGUUAGCAUGGAACCUCCCCGUCAACGCCCCCCCCGCCCCCCUGGCACAGGCUACCUCACGCCCCCCCCUGGGACCCUCCGCUCUCUCCACCCGGGCUCCACGAGCACGCCGCGACGGAGACUCCAAUGCUGAGGUGGGCGAGCUGGCGCUGGUGAGGGACAUCCUGUACGUGUUCCAGGGCAUCGACGGCAAGUUCAUCAAGAUGAGCGGCGCCGACAACUGCUACAAAAUCGACUCCAAGGUGGAGCUGUGUAAGUCCCUGAGGGACACCAGCAGUCGGCUGUCGGAGCUGGGCUGGCUGCACAACAAGAUCAGGAAGUAUACAGACGCCCGAAGCCUGGACCGAGCCUUUGGCCUCGUGGGACAGAGCUUCUGUGCCUCACUGCAUCAGGAGCUGAAGGAGUACUACAGGCUGCUGUCAGUCCUCCACUCCCAGUUGCAGGUGGAGGAUGACCAGGGAGUCAGCCUGGGGCUGGAGAGCAGCCUGACCCUCAGACGCCUGCUGGUGUGGACGUACGACCCCAAGAUCCGUCUCAAAACCCUGGCCGCCCUGGUCGACUUCUGCCAAGGGCGGAAGGGGGGCGAGCUGGCGUCCGCGGUCCAUGCCUACGGGAAGACGGGCGACCCCCAGAUGAGGGCGCUGGUCCAGCACAUCCUCAGCCUGGUGUCCCACCCCAUCCUCAACUUCCUGUACCGCUGGAUCUACGACGGGGAGCUGGAGGACACCUACCACGAGUUCUUCGUUGCGUCCGACCCUAACGUGAAGACAGACCGCCUGUGGCAUGACAAGUACUCUCUGAGGAAGUCCAUGAUCCCUACCUUCAUCACCAUGGACCAGGCACGCAAGGUCCUCCUCAUUGGGAAAUCCAUCAACUUCCUGCACCAGGUCUGCCAUGACAGAACCCCCCCUGGAGCAAUCACCCAGGUGUCCAAGUCUGCAGACUCCCCCAAAGAUGCUGCAGAGCUGCUGUCCGACCUGGAGGGGGCGUUCCAGGGGAAGAUUGACGCCGCCUACUUCGACACCAGCAAGUACCUUCUGAACGUGCUGAACCAGAGCUACCUGCUGCUGGAACACCUGCAGGCCAUGAGGCGCUACCUGCUGCUGGGCCAGGGAGACUUCAUACGCCACCUCAUGGACCUGCUCAAGCCUGAGCUGGCACGGCCAGCCACCACCCUGUACCAGCACAACCUGACGGGCAUCCUGGAGACGGCAGUGAGGGCCACCAACGCCCAGUACGACAGUCCUGAGAUCCUCAAAAGACUGGACGUUCGCCUGCUGGAGGUGUCUCCUGGAGAUACAGGCUGGGAUGUCUUCAGUCUGGACUACCACGUAGAUGGACCUAUCGCCACGGUGUUCACUCGCGAGUGCAUGAGCCACUACCUGAGAGUGUUUAACUUCCUGUGGCGGGCCAAGCGCAUGGAGUACAUCCUCACUGACAUCUGGAAGGGCCAGAUGUGCAACGCCAAGCUGCUCAAGAGCAUGCCGGAACUCUCCGGCGUGCUGCACCAGUGCCACAUCCUGGCCUCAGAGAUGGUCCACUUCAUCCACCAGAUGCAGUACUACAUCACCUUCGAGGUGCUGGAGUGCUCCUGGGACGAGCUGUGGAACAAGGUGCAGCAGGCCCGGGACCUGGACCACAUCAUAGCAGCUCACGAGGCCUUUCUGGACAGCGUCAUCUCCCGCUGUCUGCUGGACACCAACAGCCGGUCGCUGCUCAACCAGCUGAGGGCGAUCUUCGACCAGAUCAUCGAGUUCCAGACGGCCCAGGACGCUCUGUACCGCUCAGGGCUGGAGGAGCUGGCCCUCCGGCUGCAGUACGAGGAGCGCAAGAAGCAGCGGGAGCAGGAGGGUGAGUGGGGCGUGACAGGUGAGCAGGAGGCAGAGGAACAGAGGAGGGUCCAGGACUUUCAGGACACCAUCCCCAAAAUGCGCUCCCAGCUCCGAAUCUUGACACACUUCUACCAGGGCAUAGUCCAGCAGUUCCUGGUGCUGCUGAUGACCAGCCCGGACGAGAGUCUGCGCUUCCUCAGCUUCCGCCUGGACUUCAACGAGCACUACCGGGCCCGGGACCCCCGCCUGCGCGCCUCCCUGGGGGCCACCAGGGGGCGACGAUCCUCCAACAUCUGACAGCAGCCAUCAGCCCCACGCGUCCAGGCAGCAGAACCAGCCGGAAACCUCUGGUGGUGGACAGGGCUGACGAUAUUGUGAAAUCAGUGACAGCCCUUUUGUGUCGCCUUGGAAAGGUGACUGGAUUCCUAUGCUAUGAGUUCAUGAGGUGGCUUGGGGAGAGUUUGUGACUUCAUGUGUCACGGGCAACAUCCCAGAUGGAAUGACUCCGGUGUUAUGACGUUGUGACAUCACGAUGGCGCCAGACAGAAUCUGCUUUGACGUCAUUUCUGUCUGUAGAGUUCAUGACAUCAUAGUGGGGUUCUCCAAUGGAACGACCCAGAUGCUCUGACGUCAUAAUUAACCGUUCAAGCUCUAGUGAUGACAUCACCUACGGUCUAUGGUGCUGGAGAAAUGGGGCCAUUGCAGCAAAUUCUGUCUGGCCUUGUGUGUUUUUUGUUGCUUUUAUACUCCCCGAUGCAGAUAGGGCUAUGUUCACGGUCAAACUAAUGAAAGGGAAAGUAAAAAGAUUUAGGCUCCCCCUCCCCCCUAAAGUUUUUUGCCAAAUCACCCGUCUCUACACACACGCACACACACUUUGUUCCCCCUUCUCAUCCAUUGGCUGUUCCUCAGUAAGGAGCAUGUAGAAGUCUUUGUCAUUUCCUGUAAUGCAAGGGCAUGUUCUCCCUCAAGGCUUGCUUGUUUGAGGUGACCCAUUUCAUCAGAAUUCCCUGUUGCACACCUGAAAGUCUGAUUUGUUUCCCCCUUUGGUCUGUUUACAUUUUAUGGGACAUUUUAUUGUUGCAGUUUUUCAAAAUGUUGACUUAUUUCUUUUUUCUUACCAUUGUCUUAAAAUAUGCAUUGUGUGUAUAUGUCUAUAACACUUAAAGAACUGUAACAGUUGUAAGAUGGCAGGAUGGUGCCAAAUCAGCACUGUGCAUCUCCAUUCUUUCAAGUGCUUGAGAACCAACUCCAAGACUGGUAUUGUUGUCUCAAUCUUUUUCAUAUUUAGGUGUUGCUGUGUUUUCCUCGCAAGACAGAUCUUCUCCAUUACAAGUAGUAUAGUACUGAACUAACAUGGUCAAUUAAUUCCAGAAUUGUAAAAGACAGAAUUGUCAACCCCUUUUUUUUUUUUUUUUUUUUUUGGACACAUCACCCUUCUCUCUUUCCCCAAACUCUUACAUCCUGAAACAGUGUUGCCAUUCUUAUUGUGUGAGUGCUUGAAGCUGCGAACUGAAUAGAACAUGGUAAAAUGACUGGCGCUGUGGUCAGCACCCCUCUUUUACAAUACAAUACACCUGUUGAUGUUUCUGGUCAAAUCAUUCCAUAUCCUUCUGAGUCGGAGUUAAACACCAGGGUGUUGAUAUCCUUUAUGAUGUGUGACGACCGGUAGAAGAGGUAAUAUGAAACUAUUGAUGUGACUUAUGUGCUCUUUCUUCCCAUCUCAUGUCCUCUUAAGGUGCCGCUAGGAUACCAGGCUUUGGAAGUCAAAAGUCAAAUUAUUUCCGUUGUAUAGCACAGAUGUAUAGUAAAUACUAUGGAAACAAAUGUCUUGUCAACUCUU